GGGUCAAUCGGCACGAUUAUUUCUUGGAACGAGCAAGCGGUGCAUCAUUUCAUCGCGCUGAUUAGUUGGAUUUCGGACAGAUCGCGUUUUUAUGUUCUGGGAGACUGAGCAAUUGACCUAAAUUUCUCAAAAGAAGAAGACGCUGGUCACGGAAACGCAGUUAAGUAAUAAUUCCCAGUACCGGGCGUGAAUUUGCUGAUGUAACAAUCGACAAAUGUCUCUUUGGGUCUUUUGGGCUUCAGCAUCGUCGCAACACGUGAUAGUCACAGCCGCCGUCGUCACGACAUAUCGAUUGAAAUUGGGGCGUCGUGGCGUCGCCGUCGAGAUGACGGUCCUGACGCCGGCCGGUCGCGUCGCUUAGCGACGGCGGCGUCCAUCGCACGGCUUGUGUCGGCGGUGGUUAACGCGAGAGAAAAACCGGGUCGCCUGACGUACGUCGCUCGCAAAUUGGUUAAAAUAAUUGGGAGAUGAUCGCAGCCGGCGUGUGUGUCGCAGUGGAAACGCAGGGGGAUGGAAUAAAUGUUGGCGGGGCCUGCGAAUUUGUGAAUUCCCGGGACUAAUACAAAUCUUUGCAUAAUAACAAGGAAAAGCACUACGCGAAUCGAAAUCGAACUCUAUCCAGCAUGUCCCUAUCACUGCGUGUACACAUCGUCGACGGCAAUGUCACAAAGACGAUCGUCUUCAACCCAUCCACUACUGUCCACGACGCGUGCAAAAUUAUCCGCGAGAAAUGCUCCGAAGCCGCCGGACAACCCAAAGAUUAUGGACUAUUUCUCACCGACGAAGACAAUAAGACGGGGGUAUGGUUAGAACCUGCCCGUAACUUGGAGUACUACCUGUUGAGAAACGGCGACGCCGUCGAGUACAGAAAGAAGUUGAGGACGCUGAGGGUCAAAAUGCUCGAUGGUACCGUCAAAACUAUGCUUGUCGACGACUCUCACAUCGUCCAGAACAUGAUGGUGGUAAUAUGCGCGAAAUUGGGCAUAACCAAUCACGACGAGUACUCGUUGGUGCUCGAGGACGUUGAGAAUCAGGAGAACAUCGAGAACCGGAACUACGGCACCCUGACUUUGAAACGAAAGAAGGAGGAGCGCGAGCGCGAUGCAAAGAUGGAGCAACUACGGAAGAAGCUCCACACGGACGACGAAGUUAACUGGCUGGACCCGUCGAAGACGCUGCGCGAGCAAGGGGUCGACGAGAACGAGACGGUACUGCUGAGGAGAAAGUUUUUCUUCUCCGACCAGAACAUCGACUCGAGGGACCCCGUCCAGUUGAAUUUGCUCUACGUCCAAGCGAGAGACGCCAUCUUGAACGGCACUCAUCCGAUCACCCAAGACAAGGCGUGCGAAUUUGCCGGCAUACAGUGCCAGAUCCAGUUCGGCGACUACGUGGAAAGCAAACACAAACCCGGAUUCCUGGACUUGAAAGAAUUCUUGCCGCAGUCCUACACCAAAAUCAAAGGUGUCGAGAAAAAGGUGUUCAAUGAGCACAAAAAAUGCACAGGCCUGAGUGAGCUCGAGGCCAAAGUUAAGUACACGAAGACGGCGCGGUCGCUGCCGACCUACGGCGUCACGUUUUUCCUCGUCAAAGAAAAGAUGAAGGGCAAAAAUAAGCUGGUACCGCGACUGCUGGGCGUCACCAAGGACUCUGUUCUCAGGCUGGACGAGAAAACGAAAGAAACAUUGCAGACGUGGCCUCUAACUACCGUCAGGAGGUGGGGCGCGAGUCCGAACACUUUUACGCUCGACUUCGGCGACUAUUCGGAUCAGUACUACUCAGUACAGACGACAGAGGCGGAGCAGAUUCAGCAGAUCAUUGCCGGCUACAUAGACAUUAUUUUGAAGAAGAAACAAGCCAAGGACCAUUUCGGCAUUGACGGGGACGAAGGUUCGACCAUGUUCGAGGAGAGCGUCGCACCUCACAAGGCGACAAUCCUGCAACACGAGACCAGCAAGGUUGGCAAGGUCAACACCGAGUCCCUGGCCAAGCCCGCGGUUAUGAGGGCUGCCGACGGCGAAAAAACGUUCGGUAUGGGCGUUAUGAGCGGCCCGCAACAAACCACCGUCAGUGGAUCCGUGGACGUGGUGCACGCCCCGCCCUCGAGCGGCAUGCAACAAACAAAAAUCACGAACGUGACGAGCGAACCCCAGAGGGCGCUGAUUUCCACAAUCCAGGCCACCCACACCAAGAUCAGGGAAGCGGAGAUCGAGCUCGAGAGUAAGGCCCACAUCCCUGAGCUCGGCACCGAUCCUGCGGCGAAAAAAUGGAAACAGGUGACUUUGGAUACUAGCAAGCAGAACGUCGGCUCGCAGAUCGCCGCAAUGAACGCCGCCACCGCUCAGGUGGUGACAUUGACGUCUGCGUCUUACGACGAAGUGGAUCACCACGCAGUGGCCGGUGCGAUCACCACAAUCGGCAGCAACCUUCCGGAGAUGACCAAAGACGUAAAAAUGAUUGCCGCCUUGAUGGACGACGGCAACAUGGGCGAGAAACUAUUGGACGCGACCAGGAAGCUGUGCAGCGCGUUCAGUGACCUGCUCAAAGCGGCGGAACCCGAGUCCAAAGAACCCAGACAGAGUCUGCUGAACGCAGCGUCGCGCGUAGGCGAAGCCAGCACCCAAGUACUUGCUACGAUAGGUGAGGACACAGCAGAAAACAAGGAGCUGCAGGACAUGCUGCUGUCAUUGGCCAAGGCGGUGGCCAACACAACUGCUGCGUUGGUUCUCAAAGCAAAGAACAUCGCGGCCACGUGCGAAGAUCAGCAGAUGCAGAACAGGGUGAUUGGGGCCGCGACACAAUGCGCGCUCGCCACCUCGCAGUUGGUCGCGUGUGCCAAGGUAGUCGCGCCCACCAUCCAAUCGCCGGCGUGCCAGGAGCAGCUGACCGGUGCGGUGAGAGAGGUGGCCAAGGCGGUGGAGAAAUUGGCGGCUGUAUGCAACGAGGCCAGUCGCGACGAUGACCUCAAUGCACAACUCAAGGAAGCUGCGGCCGCGGUCACCAAGUCCCUCAACGACCUCCUCGACCACAUCAAAUUGGCGGCAAGUCGCGAACGAGCUAAGGAGUCGGUCCAGGAGCACAGCGUUGAGGAAAUUUAUACCGCGACGGAGAAGAUAUCCGCGGCCACCGGGGAUCCUAAUGAAAUGGUGAGACAGGCGAGACGCCUGGGCCAAGCGACUGCACAGCUCAUCCAGAGCAUCAAGGGCGAGGCGGAGCGGUUGCCCGACUCAGAGAUCCAAAGGCGUCUCCUGGCGGCAGCCAAAACGUUAGCCGAUGCUACCGCCAAGAUGGUCGAGGCGGCCAGACAGUGCGCGAGCCGGCCCCACGAUGUCGACUGCCAGGAUCAGCUGCGCCGUACCGCCGAAGAUCUGCGAGACGUAACCACCGUGGCUGCGACCACGCCCGCUCUGAGAGCCAAACUCGUCGAUAGGGUACAGGUGUGCGCGAAAAAAGCUAUCUCGUCCGCUACGCAGUGCAUAACGGCAGCCCAGGCGAGCCACUCCUACAAUCAGAAUGCGGCUACGCGCGAGGCGUUGCAACAGGACGCACGGGACGUCGCCGAGCAGGUCCCGCCCCUCGUCGAAGCUAUUCGAGCGAACUGCGCAGAGCCCGAAGACGCAAACGCGCAAAGCGAGCUGAUGUAUGUCGCGGAAGUGUUUCUGCACCCCGCGACACAUUUCGUGCAGUCAUCGAGGGCGGUGUUGCCGACGCUGACAGAGCAGACGAUCACCGAGCAGCUGUCUGUCACAAGUCAGAAACUGAACACAGAUUUGAAUGAGCUAAGGGGCGCGAUAGGUCGGGCGAAACCGGCGUGUCAAGGAUUGGGCAUUAACGCGGCCGCGCAGCUAAUCGAGGAUCUACAGGAAGAGCUAAGGGAGUUCGAACGCGCGGUCGACUCGCACAGGCUUAAACCACUACCGGGUGAUACAACCGAGAAGGGGGCUCAUCAGCUCAUCGCCAGUAGCAAGAUGGUCAACCAAGGGGUAGCGCAGCUAUUGAGUGCGACCGCCCAGGGUAAUGAAAUGUACAGCUCGCAGGCGGCCCGCGACACCGCCCACAGCCUGAGGAACUUCACGGGGGCGGUCAGGUGUAUUGCCGCGACCAGCGACAACCCGGAACUGCAGCGACGUCUAAUUCACUCAGGCCAAGACGUACUGACUCAUUCCGUCAGGCUGUUGGACGAGUCGCAGAGGAGUCUGCAUACCGUCGACACUACCCCUGGUCUCCAUAAAGCCGCUAAAGACGUCACCGCGGCCCUGCAACAGACUGCCGGUUACUUGCCUGGUCAGAAGGACGUCGACACCGCCAUCACUGACAUCAUUGAGUGGACGUCAAGCGUAGCUUCAGGUCAGUUCCCACGCACCGACAAAACCUACGGGGAACUGCAACAGGAGUUGACGACGGCGGCGGCAAACUUGAACGAGGCCAGCUCCGGUGUGGUUCAUUCGGUUCAUAGUCCUGUGCAGUUGGCAUCGUCUUCUAAGGACUUCUCGUCCGCUUUCCGCGAACUACUCGACGUUUCAAUGGAGAUGGCAGGUCAGACAGGCGACGCCAACGCCCGCGGGGAGAUGGUCAGGUCCUUGAAGGGUGUAUCCACGUCAUCGAGCGCCUUACUGACCACCGCCAAGUCCUUGUCUGCCGAUCCGAACCUGCCCAACGGCAAAAAUCAGCUCGCGGCCGCCGCCAGAGCCGUUACCGAGAGCAUCAAUCACCUGGUGAAUGUCUGCACGUCCGCCGCCCCGGGGCAGACAGAGUGCGACAAUGCGGUGAGGAAAAUCCAGGCGAUGAAGUACUUGCUGGACAACCCCAGUGAGCCCGUGAAUGACUGUUCAUACUUCGAAUCGCUGGACAGCGUAAUCGAGAAGAGUAAGGUUCUGGGCGAAGCUCUGACCGGCAUGACCAACAGCGCGCGCAACUCCGAACAUGAAAAGUUCACCGAGCACGUAAAGAGUUUCAGCAGUGCUAUCUGCUCCCUGGUAGAGACAUCGGCACAAACCGGCUACCUGGUGGGCGUGUCCGACAGCACCAGCAUAGCGGGUCGACCCGGUCUCGUUGACCAAGCGCAAUUCGCUCGCGCCUCUCAGGCCAUCCGGGGCGGUUGCGAGGCGCUCUCGUCCCCUACCAGUCCUCAGAAACGUGUUCUGGAAGCUGCUACCCUUAUCGCGAAACACACGAGCGCCCUCUGCAACUCGUGCCGCGUGGCCAGCUCGAAAACGACCAAUCCCGUCGCGAAAAGACAGUUCGUGCAGAGCGCAAAGGCUGUCGCCAACUCGACUGCCGCUCUAGUCAAGGAGAUCAAGGCCCUAGACGCCGACUACUCGGAAGGGAACAGAAGACGAUGCGCAGAGGCCACCAGGCCGUUGCUGGACGCGGUGGAGGAUCUGUGUGUGUACGCUAGCUCGAGCGAAUUCGUCACGAUUCCGGCCAAAAUAUCGGCACAGGCGCGCGAUUCCCAACGGCCAAUACUCGAAUCUGGUCGACGGUUAAUAGACAGUUCGUCGUCGGUGAUCGGGACGGCGAAGAAUCUGAUCGUGAUGCCGAGGGACCCAUCGACUUGGCAACAGUUCGCCAGCUGCUCCAAGAACGUUUCGGACACCAUGAAACAGCUGGUUGUCAAUAUUCGGGACAAAGCACCGGGAGGAAACGAGUGCGAGAACGCCGCUCAAAUCCUAACCAACCACUUGCGUACGCUGGACGCCGCCUACAUGGACGCGGUCUCCCAAUCGCUCCAACCGCGCAAGACCGCUACGUUGCCGGCUUUCAGUCAGCAGGUUCAGCGAUCGGCCGCAGGGCUGACCGACACGAUCGAACCGCUGCGACACGCGGCCAAGUUCGAAGCGGAAAACAUCGGCCACACGGUCAAUCAGAUGGUGCAGUACUUCGAGCCGCUGGUCCAGGGUGCGAUCGGAGCCGCCUCCAACAUGACCAACUCCAAGCAGCAGGAACAGUUGCUGAACCAGGCCAAGUCGGUCACCGAAUCCGCCUUGCAGUUUAUCUACGCGACGAAGGACUGCGGCGGUAACCCCAAGGCGGUCAACAUCCACCCGGACAUCGACGACUGCGCGGACAUCACUAAAGUGGCGCUCCAAGACCUGGUGCAGUCGCUCGAGAUCAUCUCGACACAGAGCGGUAUCGUGUCCGGUGUGGUAGAGAACCUGACCCGCGCGAUGACCCGCCUCUCCGACCAUCGCGCGUCACUCAUCAUGUCCGACAGCGACGGCUAUGUCGACUAUCAGACGCGUAUGGUGGAGUGCGCGAAAGAUAUCGCGAAGAUCUCGGGCGAGAUGGCAACAAAGGCGGCGACCGACACUCAGCAGCUCGCACCCCUUUCUGCGCAGCUUUCGCACAGCUACGCGCAGCUCGCUAGCGACAGUAUAGGGGCGGCGGCCGCCGCCACCAAUGGCGAAGUCGGCACCCGGCUCAAAGAAGUCGUGCAACAGUUGGGCGGAGCUUGCGUAGAGCUGGUCCAGGUGGGAGGACAGUGUCUCGUCGCCAAGGACGACAUCAUCCUAAGAGAGGUGGGCGAGUGUUCGCGAAACGUCGCUGAGAAAGUGUCCAGGGUGUUGGCGACGUUGCAAUCGGGUUCGAGAGGUACUCAGGCAUGCAUCAAUGCCGCGUCAACAGUGUCAGGUAUUAUCGGUGACCUGGAGACGACCAUCAUGUUCGCCACUGCCGGCAACCUGAACCCAGAGAACGAGAAUGAAUCUUUCGCCGAUCACAGAGAGAACAUCCUGAAAACGGCCAAGGCGCUCGUCGAAGAUACGAAGACUUUGGUCGCAGGAGCCGCGUCGUCGCAGGAGCAGCUUGCGGUUGCUGCACAGAAUUCGGUUGCGACAAUCGUUCAACUAGCGGAGGUGGUGAAAUUCGGCGCGGCCAGUCUCGGGUCAGACAACCCCGAAUCUCAGGUGAUGCUAAUCAACGCGGUCAGGGACGUAGCUAGCGCCCUCGGCGACCUUAUCCACGCGACCAAAGCGGCCAGUGGCAAGCCGAUCAAUGACCCUGCCAUGGCCCACCUAAAGGACAGCGCCAAGACCAUGGUCACCAACGUGACGUCACUGCUGAAAACCGUCAAGGCCGUGGAAGACGAGCACACCCGCGGCACUCGCGCUCUCGAGUCGACCGUCGAGGCGAUCGGCCAAGAGAUGAGGGUCCUCUACUCGGGCGGCGACGGUUGCAAGCAGCAUGUGACCGCCGAGGAUCUGAUCCGGUGCACCAAAGCGAUCACUAACGCCACAGCCAAAUCAGUGGCUGCAGGAAUCAGUAACAAACAAGACGAUAUCAUAGCGGCGGCAAAUUUGUCGCGCAAGGCGGUAUCGGACAUGUUGGUGACGUGCAAGAGCGCCGCUUACAACUUAGCGGAGACUCGGGAACUGCGGGAGGAAACUCUCGCGGCGGGACACGAGUGCGCAAAAGACUUCAGGCAACUGCUGACGGUCAUCUUGCAGGGCAACGGUUCCGCCGACGUGAAACAGACGCUACCGAUGAUAUCGAGGAAGAUCGCGCAAUCUGUCACCGAGCUUGUCGCCAUAGCCAAAAGGCUGAAAGGUUCUGACUGGAUCGACCCCGACGACCCAACAGUGAUCGCUGAAAACGAACUGCUAGGGGCAGCAGCGUCCAUAGACGCCGCCGCCAAGAAAUUGGCAAGCCUCAGACCGAGGCAAAACGUUAAGACUCAGGACCUCGACGAGUCCAUGAACUUCGACGAAAUGAUCUUGGAGGCGGCGAAAUCGAUAACGGCCGCGACGUCCGCCUUGAUAAAGGCGGCGAGCGCCGCCCAGAGAGAGCUGAUCGACAGCGGCAAGAUGGCGCGCUACCCGAUAUCCUCGUCCGAUGAUGGACAGUGGUCGGAAGGACUGAUAUCUGCCGCAAGGUUGGUCGCCGCCGCGACCCACAGCCUGGUGGAGAGCGCCAAUGCUUUGGUACAAGGAUUGGGCAGCGAGGAUAAAUUGAUUGCGGCCGCCAAGCAAGUGGCCAGUUCGACCGCCCACCUGUUGGUCGCGUGCAAAGUCAAAGCAGAGGGCGACACCGAUGCCACACGCAGGCUCCACGCUGCCGGUAAUGCGGUCAUCCGGUCUACCGACAACCUCGUCCGGGCUGCUCAACAAGCCAAAAUCGUGGAAGAAGAAAAGUAUCUAGUGCUGAAUCGGCGCAUGGUCGGCGGUAUCGCUCAGGAGAUCAACGCGCGUUCAGAAGUUUGCCGUAUUGAGCGCGAACUCGAGGAAGCCCGGAACAAAUUAAACGCCAUCAGGCAGGCGAAGUACAAGCUGAAAGGUUACGAAACGUCGGGCGACGAAACGGACGGUUACCUGAGCUCCGCCCCCGAGCAGGAGGCGUCCAGGUACCACAGCUUCGAUCAGCGCCGUUCGCCUAAACACUACCACGAUACUUACGGUCAACUGGAAAGCCCCGACAAAAUCAAUUCACUGGAACGCAACAAACACACGCCACUCCGAGGCGACGACAGGGACACUGCUCCUAGCCUUUAUCAUCAAAGCCCUGGAUAUGCCGACACUUAUGUCGCCGCUCCCCCAUACAAAAGCAUAUUUACAACACCCACCACUGGACACUAUGCUUCGGUAAAUCCCAAUAAAAGUUACAGUACUACUGCAAACGCUGCUCCGAAACCAUUUAGCGGCGGCGUAAGCUCCACAGAUGGCUACUCCAGUUCGGAAUACGUGACGAAUACCUAUAAAACGCCCGAAGGGCUACGUACCGAUUCAUACAAGUACGAGUACUACAAGUCUGAGCCAAAAACAACGUACAGUUCUUCUUCCGACAAGUAUUACGUGUCCAGCGACGGAAAAUUGCCCAGUCCACCAUCUAUCAAAACUUUUGACUCUUUUAAUAAUGGCGACGACGCGCUCUACAGGUCUUCGUUCGCUUCGAAUGUCGAAUACAUAGACGGGCCGCCCGUACUUAAGGACGACGACACUCUCGAGCAGAGAACACUAAAGAAAUCGAUCACGGAACAAAUCUUCGAAAAGAAAACGACUACGACGACUAAAUCGUCCAAGCAGGAGUCAUCGAUGAAAACGUUCAAGUUUCCCUGAGCCCUGAAUGCUAAUCUUUCGAAUUCUUCUUUUUGUUGUCGCGAGCGCAGCCACUUCGGCGAUUUUUUACGGUGACCUAGGUGGUGCUAAUCAGUUUUACUGCUUUUUGUCUUUAAUUCUUUUUUUUCUCUCCAUUAACCAAAUGAUAGACAGGGCGUCUCGCGCUAAUUACCCUGUAAAUAUUUAUAUUUUAUGUAAUUAUUUAGCUUAGUUUCCGUUAGUUUGUUAUGUGCCAAUAACGCGUCAACUGAUAGCUUUGUGUUGUAUGGACCCGCGCUACUUAACGACUUACUUAAAAGAAACGAAACGCAAGAAAAAUGUCAAGUGCCUCCAUGUUUUCAGAAAAUUACACGCUGUGAAAUUCCAGUGCCUCUACAGAGUUUUGAUUGAUUUUUUUUACAGGACAAUGGGAAGGUUCGAGUCUACUAAAUGUAACCCCGAACUGUAUUCUCACACCUUUUGUGUCAAAUAAAA